AUGCUUUCCUUGACAUUCCUUUGUGACUUUCAGGUCUCCAGGCGGGACUGCCUCCUGGUUAUGGCGCUGGCUGCAGUCCUGAGCCAGGCAGCUGCAGAGCAAGCAGCCGCGGAGCAGGCAGUCACCAUUGAGGGGUACAAUGCCGCGGGCAUUACUUCUUCCAACUAUCCCAAGCAGAUCAGCAAGGGCCAGAGGGCCGUCAUCGACUCUGUGCAACAGGCUCUGGGCUCCAGUGACAUCACUACUCCCAAGCUGGACAGCAAUCCCAACCCUCCAGUCGAGUCUCCUCCCAUCAAGGUCCCUGAGACUGUGGCUGCUGAGUGGCACAACAUUGCGCGCCCGGCGGAUGCACAGUGUGCGGUGGCCCUGAAGCCGUACCUGAUCUACUCCAAUGCAUACGACUACAUUUCCCCAGACUUCUCCAAAGCCCCCACAGCGGCCCAGGUGCCUACUGCAUACAGGGGAGCCGUGGACCUCACACUGUUCAGCGCAGGGACCUCGCCAAUCAAGGCUCCUUACACAAUUACUGUGACCUCGCCAAUGUACAACUCCGUCCUGAAUGUGUACAAUGCUGCCCUGGGCGAUUCCACCAAUGGCACCGCCUCCUUCCAGGUCACUUCGUCUGAUCUGGACCUGCUGGCAGAUUUCAGCAACAUGGUCAAUGUGACAUAUUUCAUCGACGCCAAGUCUCAGGAUCUUGCGCCGAGCAGCGUCUCCAUCAAUGGGCAGCUGUGCAGCGUGCAGCUCAACAUCACCUUGAGCAACGUGGUGCCCCCAACCACUGAUCAAACAGAAACCUUCGCUGCUUCUGCUGCGGUCGAACAAUCCACGAUCCUGUACAACACGCAGCCGUCCUCCUACACCACCAGCUGCACUCCAGUCACAGACGUGCAAGUCGGCCAGAGUGUCAUCCCCCCAGGCACUAACAUUCCCACCAACGCCCGGCCACCUCCGCAGGCUGUGCCGUCAGGCGGCAACUCGGGCACAUGCAAUGCUCUGGUGCCAAACAACUCUGGCUACAACCGCUUCCUGUGGUCCGUCAAGUUCCUUGUGGACAAUGGCUUCUUGGUGCUGAUCGACAACCAUCUGAAUCUGGACUCCACUGCCGUGGACAACCCCACCCAGUGGAAGAACUACUGGGUCAACCUGAUGACUGGCAUCAUUGGCAUGGGCAAGAAGUACCAGGACUCUGUCAUGGUGGACAUACUCAAUGAGCCAGACUCCCGCGGCCUUUCGUGGAACACCGUUUCCCCUCUGUACCUUGCCGCCAUGGAUGCCAUCUAUGCGAUAUCUCCCUCGACCCUGUUCUUCGUGGAGGGUGUGGGCCAGCUGGGGUAUGCCAUGUGCUGGGGUGAUGGCUUUGUCACGGACAACACCCUGAUCCAGAACUUUGGCCUAACCGACCCCAAGCCCUUCCUCAACACCGUCAAGACCAAGGGCUACAGGAAUAACCUUGUCAUCUCCCCCCACUACUACCCGCCCUCCAUCUCUGGCCAGCGCUCCGACUACACCGGGGUGGGGCUCUUUACAAAGAUGCAGAAUUCCUUCGGAUACCUCACCUCUGGGCAGGGCUACGGGGGCCAGAUCUACGCAGUGGCAUUUGGCGAGACUGGCUCCUUCUACACAGCGGCGAAUGACAUCGCCAUGCUGGCUGACAUGGCGCGCUACAUGCGCAACGAUUACUCAUCCCUGGGCGGCAGCUACAGCGCAGCCAGCUUCCCCCACGCCAACAUCCCCCACAUGUACUGGUGGGACUGGAAUGCCAACUCCGGCGACACCGGCGGAAUCGUGCAGGACGACUGGAAGACGAUCAUCUGGUCCAAGAUCAACUGGCUGAUUGGUGCCAUCAACCUGACCCCCUGGUACCUCACCUACAAUGGGGGCGGCCCCUCUCCGCCACCUCCAGUGGUAAGCUGUUCCCACGCCAACCCCUGCGCCAACCCCCCAGCCGACCCCACCACCGUCAAAUCCUACACCGACCCCCACGCCCACCCCCAAGCCGCCGACUCCAACGCCUACAAGCACCCCCAAGCCACCGACUCCAACACCUACAACCACCCCCAACCCACCGACUCCAACGCCUACAACCACCCCCAAGCCACCAACUCCAACACCUACAUCCACCCCCAAGCCACCAACUCCAACGCCUACAGCCACCCCCACCCCCACGAACACCCCGCCACCUGGCACCAGCGCUUGCACUAUCACCUACACCCUCAAUUCUGCGCGGUGUCGAAUGGCGGUGCUGGGAGGAUCAACGCACCAUACACGCUUAGCAUCUACAGCCCCAACUACGCGCUGAUCGCCGGCCAGGCCUGGAACUGGGGAGCCAGCGGCUCUGCCAACAGCGGCACAAUCAGCGGCGCUGUGAGCCAGACAUGGCAGAGCCUGCCGCCAGGCGGCACAGUUGGAGGCAUUGGCGCCAACAUCUGGGCCACAACAAACAACCUGGCCCCCACAGCAGGCUCCAUCAACGGCGUUCCGUGCAUCAUCAAGAGGGGCUGA